AUGGAGAUAGUGAUCUCUUUGAUCAUGUUGCUUGUGGGGAUUGCUGUUUUGGUGGUUAUCCAUGUGUGCAUAGUUGGAAGGGCUUUCAGAAGGGACAAUAACAAUCAUGGUCAUGGUGAAAGUACUCAAGGACAGAGUAGCGGUACCAUGAAAACAAUGUUUGGUGAAAACAUUGGUGACUUGAAGAACCUUCCUUGCUUUGAUUAUGAGGAGCCUGAGAAAGGGUGUAGCCAAGUGGAUUGUGCUGUUUGCUUGGAGAAAUUCAAGGUGGGUGAUGUGUGCAGGUUGUUGCCCAAUUGCAGCCAUAGUUUCCAUGUUCAAUGCAUUGAUUUGUGGAUACUCAAGACACCCUUUUGUCCAAUUUGUAGAACAUGGGUUCAUUCCCGAGUAAUGGUUCCCUCUGUUUUGAGGGAGGAAAGUGCUGUUUCUGACAGGGUAGAACUUCAAAUGGCAUAG